UAAGAAUCCACGAUGUCCGUUGUUGUAGUGUUCGUUUUCCUGCUUUUGGCCACAGUCUCUGCUGUUGAGCCUCCAACUGGUUAUAUUUUGGAUGUCAGUAUAGAUUGUGGAUCAAGCGUCUCCGACUCUCCAGUUAUUAAGAUCCUAUCGGAUUUGGACAUCAAAGCAGAAGCCCAUUGUGUUGGCGAAUCUUUCAAGUUCACAACGGAUGACAAUGUACAUCAUGAAGUAACUGCUUCGUACACUGUGGAGGGUGCUAAUUCAAAUUGUAUUUUGAGGAACACCAAAAAUACUCAUGAAGCAGAUGUACAUGUUCUAUUUGGUACUACUGGUGGUCACAUUUUGACUAAAACACAAGUAUUUACUGUGUCGUGUACUUUAGAUUCUAAUGGAAUCGUUAGUGCUACUAAUCUUAACACGCAAUUAGGACGUAUUGCCCAUAAAGAAUUGGUAACUAAUGUUGGUACUUCCAUCUUGGCGGGUAAAAUUACUCUUGAAUUACAAGACGUCAAAGAACAGAAAAUAACUGGUGAUACUCCGAUGGAUAAAUGGGUUUCUUUGUAUGCUGUAUCAGAUGGAACAAUGUCUGAAACUGGGUUAAAAGCCUUAUCUUGUUACGCCAAGAACUCCAACGGUGAUGAAUAUGGUAUUCUGAGAUCUGGCUGUGGUGAUGGUUUAGUAUUUCCUAAAGAUGCCGGAUUUAAAACUGUUGGUAAAACCGUUCGCAGCCCUUAUUUCAAAUCUUUCUUGGUUGAAGGAGAUGCUACUAUUACUUAUGAAUGUGAAUAUCUGCUAUGUACAUCUGAAUGUAAUGGGAGUUCUUGUGAUAAUACUGUUGUACCUCCAAAAUAAAAUUGUUAAAUUAUUCGUUUUUGUGUAUUACUCCACUCUGUUUUUGCAACACGUUGGCUGUUUUUAUUGUAUACGGCUUAUGGUUCACUUUUCUGAGGUCCAUCUCCUU